AUGAAGGUUCCUGUCGUUUCCAUAGCGUUUGCUGCCCUCGCCCUUUGCGGCAGAGGAUAUGCUGGACCUUGCAUUCCCCAGUCUUCGGGGCCCACCACUGAUGCUACGGCUUCAACCUCUACCGCCAUCUCAUCUGCCACAGACUCUUCCUUUGUCGAGUCUUCCACGUCUACCGACACGUCCUCUUCAACCGAGAUUCUUACCACGUUCAUCACGCUCUCCACCGAGUCAACCACUUCUGUCGCCUCCACAACAACCACCACGUCCGAGAAACCCGAGCCUACAAACGUCAUCGUCAACACAUCAUUCGACGAGCCAGACAGCGAAGGUCAAUAUACCGGCGCACCCUGGGUUCUGUCAGACAGCCACAGCAUCAAGAGUGGAAGCAUCAACUCCAACCCUGCCUUCUCCCGUUCAGGAUCCCGUUCAGCAUUCUUCACCAUAGUCGUUUAUUCCCAACGAGGCCGUGCUGCACAAACCCUCGACCUGGUCCCAGGCAAGACAUACGACCUCUCCUACUGGUGGCUCCUCAACAAGGGCCAGCCCGCUGCCAACUGGGGAUGUUACACCACUGUUAUCGUGUCCAACAGCGCUGGCCAGAGAGUUGUUUACAAGGACAACAGAAUCGUUGCCCCUCUGCCCCUCAACACUUGGACGGAGCAUCAUGUCUCCUUCGAUUCUACGGGACCCAGCUCUAAACUUGAGAUUCUCGCCUUUUGCAAUGCUAGAACGGGCCCUGACGGGGUUAACAUUGCUCUUGACGAUAUCACGCUGAAGGAACGAGCAUGA